CUCAAGGUCUCCAAGAAGCCUUCAAUGGCUGUCCACCCAGAAUAACUCAAACCUUCACACCAAAAAAAAAAAGAAAAAGCCAAACACAUCUUCAGUCCUUGUUCGUUUCGUUCAAUAAAUCGGUUUGAAGAUGGGGAACCCAAUCCCAGAGCCUAUCAAGGACAUAUGGGACAAAUGGAGUAUCCGGAGUACCUUAAUCUUCAGUCUCAGUCUUCAAACAUUUCUCAUUUUCGUUGCACCCCAAAGAAAACGCUCUUCCAAUAAGGUUUGGCUCUCUCUCAUUUGGUCAGCUUACCUUCUUGCUGAUUGGUCAGCCAACUUCGCCGCCGGACAAAUCUCAGAUAGUCAAGGAGAUGAUCCAGAACCCGGAGACCCGAUAAAGAGCCCCGAACUGUUUGCUUUCUGGGUUCCUUUCUUGCUCUUGCAUCUCGGUGGUCCGGAUACAAUCACUGCCCUGGCCCUUGAAGAUAACGAGCUAUGGCUCAGGCACUUGUUGGGUCUCUUCUUUCAAUCUGUUGCAACCGUUUACGUGCUUUUGCAAUCGUUACCCAAUGCUCUUUGGAAACCCAUUUUGCUGGUGUUUUCGGCCGGGGUUAUCAAGUAUGUCGAGAGGACAUUAUCUUUGUACCUGGCGAGUCUUGACAAAUUCAAAGAUUCCAUGAUUCAGCGGCCUGAUCCUGGACCAAACUACGCGAAGCUCAUGGAGGAAUACGCAGCCAAGAAAGAUAUGAAGAUGCCUACACAGAUUAUCAAGAUUGGAGAGCCUGAGAAAGAUCCAAAAGCCACUGCUCAGGUUAGGCCUCCAAGGGAGCUCACUCCACUCAAUAUUCUCCAGUAUGCUUAUAAGUACUUCAAUAUCUUCAAAGGUCUUGUGGUUGAUCUCAUCUUUACGUUUCAAGAACGAGCUGAGAGCAAGAGAUUCUUUAACUCUCUGGACGCAAACGAAGCUUUAAGAAUCUUAGAGGUUGAGCUCAACUUUAUCUAUGAAGCUCUGUACACGAAAGCCGAGAUCUUGCAUAAUUGGAUAGGGUUCCUCUUCAGGUUCAUCGCCCUGGGAUGCCUCAUAGCAGCUCUACGCAUCUUUCAAUACAAGAACAAGAAAGAUUAUAGUGAAUUUGAUGUUGGCCUUACUUACGCAUUGCUGGUAGGAGGAAUAGCUCUGGACUGCAUCGCUCUUAUCAUGUUCUGUGCAUCUGACUGGACGUUUGUCAGAUUGAGGAAGAUGAAGGAUGAGGUGGACAAAGAGGACACCCGGAUCGACCACAUUCUUAACUGGAUUCUUAACAAGAUCCUCGGGGUCAGGGAUUUGAAGACGGAGGACUAUGAUAAAUGCUUCAAGAAAACACCCGGCAAGGUUACCAACAAAACACCAGGUCAUGAGAAGUCUGACAAGAGUACCGAGAAAACAGCAGUUCUCGACAAGAGUACCGGAGAAACACCAGGUCAGGAAUUGUCUGAGAAGAGUACCAAGAAAAAACCGUGUCAUGAUGUGCUCGACACGAGUUUCAUAUAUCGCAGGUGGUCAGAGUAUGUACAUGCACACAACCUGAUCGAAUACUGCUUAUGUUUGAAACCGGAGCGAAUCCACCAUACCAAGGGUCGGAUACACCUCGCCUUUGACGCGGUUAUCAACGCCCUUUACAUUGGACUCAUAUUCGAAACAAUUGGAAGAGUCAUUGCAUCCUGUUAUACAGGAAUAAAAAAGACAAGUCAUGAGAUUUUCAAGUGGAUUGACGGCAACAUAAGUGAUGCGUGCAAGAAAUACAAUAGAUUGAAUGAAGAGUACAUUAGGUUGUGCUUCUUCUGCUUAUUUUACAUUCCUAGUCUACCUGGACGCGCAAUCAAAAGUUUUAUAGACUUCUUUGGCAUCGAAGCUCAGCUAGAUGAGGUGAUCUACACGUCCAGUGAUCGUCUCACCCUGGAUCUGUGGGUACACAUAUUCGGAGAGGUUAAAGCCAAAUCCCGUUUUGCUGAUGACUCUGAAAGCGCCAUGAGGGUAUCUUCAGCUAGAGGAGACUGGACGCUACGUGACAUACAAGGUGACAAAGCAACAGAAAAAAAACGUGAGAAACUUCUACGCUAUGUGAUGGAGAUGGAUUAUGAUCAGAGCCUUCUGGUGUGGCAUAUUGCCACUGAGCUCUUAUACCAAACAGACGAAACAAAGGAAUUUAGUGAAGAGUAUCACAGCGCCCGUGAGUUCAGUAAAAUCCUUUCAGACUACAUGAUUUACCUCCUAAUGAUGCAACCAACUCUGAUGUCAGCUGUUGUUGGUAUUGGAAAGAUAAGAUUCAGAGACACUUGCGAAGAGGCUCAGAGGUUCUUCGACAGGAGACAUAUCCCGGGCAAAUCCAAGAAGAAGAAAGACAUUGUAAAAGUAGCCAGCGACGCGAUUUUAUCAGUGGCGGUUCCAGCGAAAGCUGAGCCAAUCGACGUGAAAGGUGACAGAAGCAAGUCCGUCCUGUUUGACGGGGCCAUGCUUGCUAAAGAGCUAAAGGGUUUAAGCAAGAACAAGGAGGACGACACAGAGAUGUGGAAAAUAAUGAGCCAAGUGUGGGUUGAGUUGCUUUGUUAUGCAGCGACAAAGUGUGGCGCAAUAGAACACGCAGCUCAGCUAAGCAAAGGAGGAGAACUCAUAACCUUUGUUUGGCUAUUGAUGGCUCAUUUCGGUUUAGGAGACCAGUUCCAGAUCAACCAAGGAGAUGCCAGAGCCAAACUGAUUAUAGGCAAGUGAUCGAACAAGUAACAAAAGUAACAUUAGCUUUCCCCUCCAAUUUGCUUCCAUUGUGUGUCAAAGGAACAGUUUGCAGCUUUCAUAUCAUCCUAUCUGUUCUUUGAUCAUCUGCAUUGUGUAACUCUCCUAUCUUCCUAAUUCUGUCUAUGCUACAUUCAUUUAUCUAAGCUUGGUUGAUUCCUGUGAUAUUAUACUCUUCUAUACAACCAAAAAGACAACUCUCCAAAAGUUCCAACU